AUGGAUCCCUUGGUUUGGCCAGCAGAAACUAACAACUUUCGACCUUUCACCCCUGAGUCCUUGGCAGCAAUUGAGGAAAGAAUUGCUGAGAAAAAAAAGCAGCAAGCCACAGUUAACCAGAAGCAUAAGGGUCAACGAGUUGAAGAAGCAAAACUUACUCCUCAGCUUGAUCUGAAAACCUACAAAAAACUGCCAUCUCUGUAUGGGGAUGUUCCUGUGGAACUCAUUGGGGAACCCCUGGAAGAUCUUGAUCCAUACUACAGUGAUCACAAGACUUUCAUGGUGAUAAAUAAAAGGAGGACCAUCUUCCGGUUUACCGCCACACGUGCCUUGUGUUUGGCUGGCCCUUUCAAUCCAGUCAGAAAAAUGUCAAUUAAAGUUCUGACCCAUUCAUUAUUUGUUUGCUUUAUUACAUGUACUGUAAUACUCAAUUGUGCUUCCAUGGCUGUAAAUAAUCUUCCAGGAAAUCUCAACUGGACUGAAUAUGUUUUUACUGGCAUAUAUACUGGUGAAAUAUUAAUAAAAAUAUCAGCAAGAGGAUUUGUUUGGGAUGAAUUCACCUUUCUUCGAGAUCCAUGGAACUGUUUGGAUCUUGUCGUUAUUAUUGUAAUGUACGUUACUAUGUGUAUCACCACGAGCAAGUUUUCAGCUCUUCGAACUUUCCGAGUACUGAGGACUUUGAAAGCUAUUUCUGUAAUACCAGGUCUGAAAGUCAUUGUAAAUUCACUUAUUGAAUCUGUUAAGAAGCUUACUGAUGUCUUGAUCUUGACUGUUUCUUGCCUGAGUGUAUUUGCUCUAAUAGGCCUCCAGCUUUUCAUGGGCAAUUUAACAUCCAAAUGUGUCCUCACUGAUGUAACAUACAAUGACUCACUGUGUAGGGAUGCCAAGAUAUAUUCACCAAAUAAUGGAGGUAAAUUUUAUUCUUUCUUUGACAUCUGCUACAGAAUGAAUAAAUCUUCUGAGAUACUGCUCUGUGGGUUCAGCUCAGAUUCUAAAAACGAGUGCCCAAAAAACUAUAGCUGUAAGAAGAUUGGGAAGAAUCCUGACUUUGGUUACACAAGUUUUGAUCAUUUUGGCUGGGCCUUCCUUUCUUUAUUCCGUUUGAUGACACAAGAUUGCUGGGAGCGCCUCUACAGACAAACUAUCCGUACAUCUGGGAAGAACUACAUUCUGUUUUUUCUGGCAGUCAUCUUUUUAUGUGCAUUUUAUCUCUUCAACCUGAUCUUGGCUGUGGUAACUAUGGCAUAUGAAGAGCAAAAUAAAGCUACUCUGGCUGAAACACGGACAAAGGAAAAAUUACUUCAGGAUGCCAAACAAGUUCUAGAGAAGGAAAAGAUGUUGGCUGAAGAAGAAGGUAAUAAGGUUUUAAAUGUCAGAUCUGAAACAUCAGUUGCUGGGUUGGAAAACCCCAAAGAAAAAGAGAUGAAGCAAGGAAAGACUGGUUUAAGACAAAACUUAAUUCUAGGUGAUCGUGGCAAAGAGGGGCAUGUCUUUCAUUCACAGCCUGGUCACUGCCAGAAGAAACUUAGGCAGAUACUGCUGUCCUAUGAGUUGUCAGUGGAAUCCAUUAGUGAUCCCUUUCGGAGACAGAGGUUAAUGAGUGCAGCCACUGUUAUUACAGAUAAUUUGGAACUGCAAGAGUCAAAACUGAAAUGCCCUUCGUUUUGGACACGUUUUGCUCGAAAGUAUUUGAUUUGGAAUUGUUGUCCAUGCUGGAGAGCAAUUAAAGAGAAGGUGAAAUUGGUAAUUUUGGAUCCAUUUGUUGAUCUCCUAAUCAUGGUUUGCAUUAUUGUCAAUACCUUCUUCAUGGCUUUGGAGCACCCCGACCUGCAGUCUGAUUACAAAACCAUGAUCUAUAUAAGUGACAAGGUCUUCACCCUGAUUUUUACAGCAGAAAUGGUCUUGAAAAUCAUUGCUCUGGAUCCUUACAACUAUUUCCAGCAAAAGUGGAAUAUUUUUGACAGCAUAGUUGUUAUGAUUGGCCUAAUAAGCUUUCAAGAAAAUCUGUCAGCUUUCAGGCUGCUCAGGAUCUUCAAAUUGGCAAAGUCCUGGCCAGCCUUAAAUACUCUUAUGAAAAUAAUUCUGAACUCAGUUGGUGCUCUGGGUAACCUCACUCUGGUUUUGAUUAUCACUGUAUUUAUUUUUGCUGUAGUAGGAAAGCAGGUUUUGGGCACUUACUAUGAGACUAAUUGGUUGAGAAUAAGCACUGAUGGGAAUAUGCGCUGGCAUAUGAAAGACUUUUGUCAUUCAUUCCUGAUUAUAUUCCGAAUAUUAUGUGGAGAAUGGAUUGAAACCAUGUGGGAAUGCAUGGAAGUGGCUGGAAAAGGGCUGUGUCUUCCCAUUUUCUUGCUAGUCCUGGUGAUAGGAAACCUGGUGGUUCUCAACCUAUUCAUUGCCUUGCUGCUGAGUUCCUUCAGUACUGACUCCUCGAUGGGACAAGAGGAAACUGGGCAAAAGACCAAAUGUCAGAUUGCCAUUGCACAGAUUUACAAGGGCCUGCAGUCAGUGAAAGACAGAAUUUGUGAUCAUUGUGGCAAAAUAAUGAAACAACGGCACAAAACGACCGCCAAAAGGAAGACUUUGGGGAGGAUUGCUGCCAAAGACAUGGAGAGCGGUAACUAUGCCAUGACAGAUAUCAGAAAGGAGGUAGACAACAGUUGUUUUGACGUUGACUAUUGCAAUAGUGAAGAGAGUUCCUCAACAACAAGGAAAUAUGGAGGAUUUUUAAGGAGCCGUAGUACCUGUGUUCCCAUUGAAGCCCCAGAGACUUGCACAGAUGAAGGUGAUGAUAAGCACAGUGCAUGCACAGAAACAGACUAUGGAAAACAGAAGUGUGAUUCUGGUAGCUAUUCUGAAGCCAGCACUGUGGAUCCAGUUUCUCUUCUGGAGGUGUUUUCCCAGCCUAAAAAGUCACACCCACCUAAGGACUGUUUUGGAGAAAGUUGUGCUGAAUGUUGCCCGUGUUGUGCAGUGGAUGUCACUAAGUUUCCUGGCAGAACUUGGUGGAGAUUUAGGAAAACCUGCUACAGAAUUGUUAAGCAUAGCUGGUUUGAAAAUUUUAUCAUUUUUAUGAUAAUAUUGAGCAGCGCAGCAUUGACAUUUGAAGACAUUCACCUGCAUAAGAGGGAAAGAGUGAGAAUUGUCCUGGAGUAUGCUGACAGGAUAUUCACCUACAUCUUUUUGCUGGAGAUGCUUCUGAAGUGGGUAGCUUAUGGCUUGCGCAGUUAUUUCACCAAUGCCUGGUGUUGGCUGGACUUCAUCAUUGUAUGUGUAAGUACAGCUUGGAAUUUUGGUAACCCAUCACCGUGUUCCUCUGGGAGUGCCCUGAAGUCUCUCAGGACACUUAGAGCAUUGAGGCCUCUCCGAGCUCUGUCAAGAUUUGAAGGGAUCAAGGUUGUUGUGAAUGCACUAUUGGGAGCUAUCCCCUCAAUCCUGAAUGUUUUGCUCGUCUGUGUUGUCUUCUGGCUCCUGUUUAACAUUGCAGGAGUAAAACUGCUUGCAAAAAAAUUUUUCAAAUGCACACUCCAGAAUGAAGAUAUCAAAAAAAUUAAUACCACAGCUGAUUGUGCUGCCUACAAUGGAAGCUGGACAAACAGUGAUGUAAACUUUGAUAAUGUUGGGAUGGGGUACUUGGCUCUCCUCCAAGUGGCAACUUUUAAAGGUUGGAUGGAUAUUAUGUAUGCAGCAGUGGAUUCACGUGGGGUGGAUGAACAGCCAAAGUUUGAAGCAUUCUUAGCCAUGUAUGUGUAUUUUGUGAUUUUCAUUAUUUUUGGAUCGUUCUUCAUGCUGAACCUUUUCAUUGGAGUGGUUAUCAGCAAUUUUAACCAACAAAGGAAAAAGAUAAGUGGAAAAGAUCUAUUUUUGACCGAGGAACAGAAAAAAUACUAUAAUGCCCUGAAGAAACUUGGAUCCAAGAAACCUCAAAAACCCAUCCCAAGACCAUUGAAUGCAUUCCAAGGACUACUGUUUGAUGUAGUAUCACACAAAGCAUUUGACAUUACCAUUGUGAUCUUCAUCUGUCUAAACAUGGUUGUUAUGAUGGCAGAAAUUAACCAGGAGGACGUCAGGAAGGUUCUGAAUAAAAUCAACUAUUUUUUUGUGGCAGUAUUUACUGCAGAAUGUGUCAUCAAGAUACUAGCCUUAAGGCAAUACUUCUUCACCAGUGGCUGGAACAUAUUUGAUUUAGCUGUUGUGGUCCUUUCACUAGUUAGUAUUGGACUUUCUGAAGCCUUUAAAAGAUUCUUCUCUCCUACACUCCUGAGAAUUUUUCGUUUGGCACGAAUUGGCCGAAUCCUGAGGUUAAUUCGAAGAGCUAGAGGAAUCCGGACUCUCCUUUUUGCACUGCUGAUGUCUCUCCCUGCACUCUUCAACAUUGGCCUUUUGCUUUUCCUGGUCAUGUUCAUUUAUGCCAUUGUGGGCAUGGCAAACUUUGCCUGUGUUGGCUGGGAAGGUGGGAUCGACAACCUCUUCAACUUUCAAACCUUUGACAGCAGCAUGCUCUGUCUCUUCCAAAUUACAACAUCAGCUGGCUGGGAUAGUCUUCUGGUCCCUGUGUUGAAAAGCUCUAAUUCAUGUGCUCCCAACUUGAAUUUAACAAAUGAACAGAGAAACAAUUGCACAAAUAGGGGGGUGGGCAUUUUAUUCUUUGUAAGCUACGUCAUCAUAUCAUUUCUCAUUGUUGUAAAUAUGUACAUAGCUGUCAUUUUAGAGAACUUCAGUGUUGCCACUGAAGAAAGCACUGAUCCUCUUUGUGAGGAUGACUUUGAUAUGUUUUAUGAAACCUGGGGAAAAUUUGAUCCUCAGGCAACACAGUUUAUUGAAUAUUCUGCUCUCCCAGACUUUGCAGAUGCUCUGUCAGAACCUUUACGCAUUCCAAAGCCUAAUAAAAUUCAGCUCAUAUCCAUGGACCUCCCUAUAGUUAGUGGAGAUAAGAUCCACUGCUUGGAUAUCUUGCUUGCCUUCACCAAAAGGGUCUUGGGAGAGUCUGGAGAUUUAGAUGGUCUUGAAUUGCACAUGGAAGAAAAAUUUAUGGCUUCCAAUCCAUCUAAAAUUUCUUACAAUCCAAUUACCACUACUCUUAAAAGAAAACAAGAGGAGGUAUCAGCUCUUGUUAUUCAGAGGGCCUUCAGGAGGUAUUUGGUGCAACGUUCCUUUAAGAACAAAUCUCUCUUACACCCUCAGAAACGUUACAGCAGCCCUGACUUUGAAGAAGGAACACGUGAGAGGGAAAGUCUCAUUGCAUCAAUGCCUAAUGAAUACAGUGGUAGGAAGCUAGACAAAUCACGGACUGCAUCUUCCAUAUCUCUCCCUUUAUGUUAUGAUGGCAUUGUUGAAACAGACAGCGAUACCAACGUGGGCACAUAA